AGCAACAAAGUGCUGUAUAAUACUAUAGCGAAUAAGCGUCAGUUGCUGCAACGUGGUGCAAUCUUGAACAAAGUUGAACUUUGGAAGUUACACUAAGUAAAACUGAGAUAUAUACGAAACUUGAUAACGUCUAACAGUUUUUCGUAUUUGCUUCAGUAAGAUUGUGUGUUAACUUCACUUUUUCAGGAUUUUGUAGUUUGGGCCAAGCGCUUAACUAAACCUUAAGUUAAGCCUUUUUAUUAACAGAAUUCAACGCUUUCGUCACAUGAACUCUAGUGCCAAUCAAAGUGAAGUUUUUCUGUCUGAAAAUGGCUGUGUGAGUAAAGAGGGUAAAAAUUCGAAGUUAUUUAAAGACAAAACGUUUCAAUACAACCUGUCAGGAGAAAGUGAAACCAAUCACAAUGAAGCAGUAAACCUUUCGACAGUGAAAUCGCAUUCUUUGACAGAAGGCUUGGAAUCUUUAAAUAUAGAAGACAGUCGAUGUAACAAAUAUGAAGCUCGCUUGAAAGCCAAGGAAACUCACGAAGAUACAGGCCUAUCAGAAGAGAAACAGUCGCCAUAUUGCAGUACUAGCAGUGGGCAGUGUUUCAAAUCCAGGCAUUAUAGACCAACAUUUGUUUCAAAAUCAUAUCCAGUUGGAAAAACAGAAGAGCAAAUUAAUAUUCCAAAGGGUGUCUGUAGAUAUUAUUGGCAAAAUGGAUUUUGUAGAUAUGGCAAGUUUUGCAGAUAUAGACAUACUCCUACUCAGUUUAAACCUAAAGGCCCAACAACCCAGAAAAAUAAAAGACGUUUGUCAGAAAGUUUUACAAACACAUGCAAACCUUCAUCAGAUUUAGCUGAGGAGAAGACCUCAGUUGAAAAGGAACACGAAGAAUUUGAGGAAGUUAAUACAGACCAUAAAAAUGAUACAUGCCUUCAGUUUUGUACCAAUACUGUUGUGGAAAACAAACAAAACAUUCCAAAGAAAAGGAGAAAUUGUUAUUUUUUCAAACAUUAUGGAUUUUGCCAUUAUGGAGAUAGAUGCUAUUUCAGACAUUCAAAUUCCAAAGCUUUGCAAGCUAAAGAUUCUCUCCAUGAUUCCAAGAAAGCCUCCAUGAAGCAUUAUGAAAUUUCUAAUGAUGAAAAAUUAAUGGGGACAGAAUCAUUAGAGCUUCAGACCUUAAAGUCUGAUGCAUCAUCUGAGCUACCAGUAUGUAAUAUCUCAAUCCAGAAGGAAUGUUCAGAACAGUCUUCACACACUGAACACGAAAAACCUGAUGGAGGAUCAACUUCCAGUGUUAAAAAAGAGAUGCUUGGAAGAUGCCAAAUGUCUGUCCCUCUUUUAAGAAAAAAGCUUGUGUUAGAAAGUUUGUCACCAGAUGAUCUUAUGGAAUUAAGGGAGAUGGAGAUAAUGCAGCUUAAGAAAAGAUUUCCUCACUAUCGUCAACUUUGUGAUGUGAACAAUAGUAGUGAAUCUACAUUUCUUGUAAGAUUCAUGCCGACUGAUCCUGACUGGCCAUUUGAUUUGAAUUCUAUUGAUUUGGAAGUAGUAUUUGAGAAAGAUUAUCCACAAAAGCCCUGUAAGGUGAUGGUUGUAGAUGAAGAUGAUGUUCUACCAGAACAGCUGCUAAGAUUCUUGAACAAGAAUAUCCAGAAAUGGUUAUUUCAGAGAAAUGAUGAUUUGCAGAAAGUUGGGGAAGUUGGGUUGACUUUCAGACCAUUUCUUCGUUGGUUGGAUAAAAGCUUGGAAGACAUGUUUAUAGAAGGGCUUAGGAUGGUGAAACGUGAGAGAGAAGCCCAAGCUGCAGGGAUUGAGUUUGUACCAUUUGAAGAACUUUCUCAUGGAAAUAAACAAAAUAUUGAUGGUGACCAUACAUAUGAAGACAAUACCACAGAGCUGAACCAAACUGAUUAUUCAAAAGAAAGUGAAAAAUUGGAAGAGAAUAAUAAAACUCAAGUGCUUGAGAUUGAUGGAAGAGAGAAUACUGGCUCCAGUAAUGAAGUUCUGUCUACACCUAAACGAGGUACAGAGGUGAAAUUACAUAAUUUACAGCUUGGGGAGAACGUGGCAACACUUGUAUGCCAGAAAAUUGAUGUAACAGUCCAGUGUUCUAGAUGUAAAACAAGACAUGAGAUCUCUACCCCAUCUCGACAUAACAAUGUUAUUCAAUGUACAAAGUGUCAUCACGUGCAGCAGGUGGCUUUUCGUGCAUCAAUUCUUCAUCAUUUUUCACCAGUUCUUGGUUACUUAGAUCUCGUAGGUUGUCAGGCUGUUGACCUCCCUCUGAUGAAGUGUGAACUGAACGUGUGUUGUCUUAACUGCAACAAGCAGAUGACUAUGACAGGAAUACAUUAUGGACAAGCUACGAACACUUGGUGCCACUUUUGUAAUGUUAAAUUUGCCAUCUUUGCUGAUACAGUGAAAUUUAGUCAACUUCAACAAACUGAAAGAUUUGACAAAGGUCAAGUGCAGUUGAUUCGAUUACAACGAAAAGACAAAAUAGUAAAGGACCCUGUUAUUCAAGAUGGAAAACCUCUACCUGAAAAUGGAACUUGCAAGCAUUACAAGAAAAGCUUUCGUUGGUUAAGGUUUCCCUGUUGUGGCAAGGCUUACCCGUGUGACUUGUGCCAUGAUGAGAAGGAGAUGGACCAUGAUAUGGAGCUAGCUACUCGAAUGAUAUGUGGUUUCUGUGCAAAAGAACAGGCUUAUGCUAGUGAUAAGCCAUGUAAGAGAUGCUUCUCGUAUAUGACAAAGAAACGGACUGCUUACUGGGAAGGAGGCAAAGGCUGCAGGGAAAAAAGCCAUAUGAGCAGGGACGACAAGAAGAAAUACAGUGGUAAAAAUAAGACUGUGUCUAGGAAACAGUCAGAAAAGACCAAACCAUCUGGAAAACAGAAGUAAUUGGACUUUAUGAACAAUGGUUACAGGUUAUUUUAUCAUAACUUUUGUAUUGUCAAUUUCUAUCAAUGACUCAGAAAAUGAAGUAGUUAAUGUUAGCUUAUCCUGUAUUUGUAUUUCAAAAGAUCUAAGAACAUUGUCUCAGUGGAUCAAGUUGUGAAAGAUAUUUCUGAUUUUUUUAUGAUUAAUUGAUAAAAUUUUCUUAUACAUUAUUAAUUCCAUUGGUUUGUAAGGUUUUAGGUGACCUGGGUAAUUAUUUCUGUUUUAAAUAACUAGAGUAUAUGUAGUAGUUGGUUAGGUAUAUAUACGGUUAAGUUAGGUAUGUGUUGUUGAUGAUUUUAUGUAACUUACCUUUAAGAUUUGUUUAGUCAGCUACAGUGUUUGAGAAGUUCAAAAUAGAAAUAGUUUUUGUAGUUGUAAAAGACUGAUUUAAGGUUAUUUAAAAAUUAAUUCUGAAUAAAGAAAUCGGCAAUUAGGUUUGCAUAAGAAAUAUUAGCAGUUUUGUUUAUAUACUUUUAACUUCAGAAGAAGAAGUACUUUGUGUAUUUGAUCUCUUUUUUUUAUUGGCUUAUUAUGUAAAUUGUUUUUAGCUGUUCAAUAAAACUAGCUUUCCCAGUAA